AUUACGAGAUUACUGGUUUAGGUAGUAAAUUGUUUAUAAAAUUAAGUAUUGCAGAAAACAAGCUGCAUAACAACAGCUCUCUCUCCACGCGGAAAUGCGGAGCAACGACGCGUCGUGAUUGGCUGCCUACCUUGUGUACUUCCGGAAACAGAUGGAUUCGCAUCCGCUCCACAGCCUGCAUCACUGAGUGAUGCCUUGACAUUUCUGAGGUCUUUGUUAAAAAAUAUCGCGAAAAACAGCGGUUAAAGAUUCUUUUGUGCGUGUCUGUUGUAAGCUAUGGUGAAGUUUUGGAACUCCUGGUGAUAAAGUGGGUGCCAUGCAGAGACGCCACAGCAGCAACACUGAAGGCAUGCCGCCAGAAAGUGGAAACCGUGAUGCACUACCUUUCAAAAGUUUAUGGAACAGGAGUCAAACUCUCGGUUCAGAGAGCAGUCUUGAUGAAGGAGGAGUGUUUGACUGUCUGAAGCCAGACUCUCCUACACCGUCCCAGCAGCUUUUCUCUGGUCUGGUGGGCGUCUCUGCUGGGAACGUGCCCUCCUCUCCCUUCCAGGCUGCGGGGCUGGUUCUGGGUUCUCCACCGGACGUCUUCAUCCAGAUGGCAUCCUCAUCGAGGGACGAAGGCUCUCACCGGACGGAGAACCCACCUUAUAUCCCUCGCCCUCCUCAGCACAAUCAUCAUCACCACCAUCAUCAUCAUCACUCCGGCCAGCACCGCUCUUCUCUCCUGCAUGCAGCCACCUCUGCUGAGAGACACGGGAGCAGAGAUGACGGAAGUGAUGAUGCCUCUACACCAGCUCCUGCGCUUUCUGAGCUCAAGGCCGUGGUCACAUGGCUUCAGAGAGGAUUCCCUUUUAUCCUCAUUCUCCUCGCUAAAGUCUGCUUUCAGCACAAGCUUGGAAUCGCAGUUUGCGUUGGUAUGAUCAGCACAUUUGCCUUUGCUAACUCAACGCUGAAGCAUCAGGUGGCAUUGCGGGAGGAGAGGUCUGUGUUUACCACUCUCUGGAUUAUGAUCUUUCUCGCCGGCAACAUUGUGUAUGUGUAUUACACAUUCAGUGCAGAGGAACUUCACAACAGCCUUAUUUUUGUAAAGCCAAACAUCAACAGUUUUGAUUUCUUUGACCUGAUCUGGGCUGUUGGAAUAACAGAUUUUGUGCUGAAAUAUUUCACCAUCGAGCUCAAAUGUCUCAUACUGUUCCUGCCUAAAAUGAUCCUCGCUUUCAAGUCCAGGGGGAAGUUUUAUCUGCUCAUAGAGGAGCUGAGUCAACUCUUCAGAGCUUUGGUUCCCAUCCAGCUGUGGUACAAGUACAUCAUGGGCGAAGAUCCAUCCAGCAGCUACUUCCUCGGGGCAACACUGAUUAUCAUCUACAGUCUUUGUAAGUCAUUUGAUUUGUGUGGAAGAAUAUCUGGCAUUCGGAAAGCAUUCGCCAUUCUCUGUAGCUCACAGAGUUACGGAACGAGAGCCAGUGCUCAGCAGUGCAGUGAGGCCGGGGAUGUGUGUGCGAUCUGCCAGUCUGAGUUCAGAGAGCCAAUCGCACUGCUCUGUCAGCAUGUGUUCUGUGAGGAGUGUUUAUGCCUGUGGUUUGACCGGGAGAGGACGUGUCCGUUGUGUCGCUCAACUGUGGUGGAAACUCCACGCAACUGGAAGGAUGGAACAACGUCGGCACACUUUCAGAUCUACUGAAUGGAGACCCAGCUGAAUGCUGAAGGUUUUCAGGUCCACUAGAAUCAGAUUAAACUUGUUUACCGUGCAUAAAAUGUUCCUGUUUGUAAUGUAAUGUAGAAAGGGAAGUAUGAAAGUAUGUUACAUUGUUGAAUAUAUUGUACAAUUGCACCAUAACAUUAUGUCUGAUAACAGAGAUAAGAGUUUUUUGUCUUCUUAUACCUGCUUUUCAACACAUAAAACUAAUUGAGCAUGAUAAUCGACUGUUUUGUGACACUUUUAUGUUUGUUUAUUCAAGCUAUUAAACUUAAAGAAAUAGUUCAUCAGAACAGAUUUGGAGAAAUGUAGCAUUAUAUGCCUUGCUCACCAAUGGAUCCUCUGCAGUGAAUGGGUGCCGUCAGAAUGAGAGUCCAAACAACUGGAAAAAAACAUCGCAAUAAUCCACAUGACUUCAGUACCUGAGUUAACAUGGGGUGAAUGGUUGAAACAAAUUCCAUCAAAAUGUUUUGAUAUAUAUAUAUAUAUAUAUAUAUAUAUAUAUAUAUAUAUUGGAGGAAGUGUUACUUUCAUGGACUUAUCUUAGGCCAGAAGCAAUGGUUUAAAGUAAAAACACCUAAUAAUGGAUUUGUUUCUAACAAACAUGCAGCUUUUCACUUGACAAAUUGAUAAUUAUUGGACUGGAGUGGUGUGGAUUACUUGUGGAGUAUUGGGAUGUGUUUAUCAGCUGUUUGGAUUCUCAUUCUGACGGCACCCAUUCACUGCAGAGGAUCCAUUGGUGAUUAAGUGAUGUAAUGCUACAUUUCUCCAAAUCUGCUCUGAUGAAGAAACAAACUCAACUAUAUCUUGGAUGGCCUGAGGGUGAGUACAUUUUCAGCAAAUUUUCUGUUUCUUUAAUCUGGAGUCAGUUUUAUAAAUUUUUGUAAAGGUCUAAAUUAAUGUUUAUUAAAGCAAAAAUAACCAACUCGAUUACGGCAAAUUUACUAGUAAGCCCUGUUAACUGUGGUAAAAUCACCAUUAUAAUCUUCUCAUUGGUUUAUUGCUUUUAAAAACUGUGACAACAGUAAUAUGUUCAAAACAUUUGAUGGUGAAUAAAUAAUGACAUUAAUAACACAGAAUAAGUUCUUUUUGAA